AUGACUGAUGUGGCACAUGAUGUGUGUGAUGAAGGACACAAAAUUAGUGAUAAAGAGAACAACGACGACAUGAACGAGUUGCAUGGCCAUGUGGCACACAAAGAGGACGAUGUGGAACACGACAAGCAUGAUUUGGCACACAAAGACAAUGUGGCAUACAAAAAUAACGAUGUGUCCCAUGACGAACAUGAUGAGGCACAAGAAAAGAACGAGGCGCACAAUGACCAUGAGGAAGAAGUUCACACCGAAGAGGAUGAGGUUCACACAGAGCCCGAGGAAGAGGAGGAGGAAGAAGAUGAGGCACACGACAGGAAUGAUGUGGAGCACAAAGAAAAUUAUACAGUUAAGGACAAGGCAAGGCAAAGGUCAAGAUCCAGGAAAGACAAGAACGAUGUGGCACAAAAUGGAGUGGCACAUGACAUGAACGAUGAGUCAGAGAAAGAAGAGAAGGACCAGUCACAGAACGUAUCUGAGGUGGCUCUGAAACAAAAGAGACUUCUGCGCUCCAAAAAGCCGGUGGCCAGGAGCUACGUGCCCCAGAUCGGUAAGGCUGAAGUGAAGAACAAGUUUGAGGCCAUGCAGAAGGCCAGGGAGGAGCGCAACAGUAGGAGGAGCCUAGAGGAGCACCAGAAAAGGAAGGAGCAGUACGUCAAGGAGAGAGAAUACAACCGCAGGAAGCAACAGAUAAAAGAACUACUCGCCUCCAGUGAUGAGGAGGAGGAGGUGAAGCCGGCCAAGGUAGAGAAAUCCUACGUCCCCAAGAUCACAGGCAGUGUGAAGGGGAAGUUUGCCGAGAUGGAGAAGCAGAGACAAGAGGAGGAGAGGAAACGGAUGGAGGAGGAGAGGAAGAAGCGCGCCGCCCAGGACAUCAUGGAGAAAGCGAAGAUGCAGAAGGAGCUGGCCAAGAAAGCCGCAGAGGAGGGAGAUGACACCAUCCUGGUCCGUGUGGUGCCGGCCAAGCCGUCACGACCUCCAGGCAGGAUCAAGAUGAACUUUGAGGACCUGGAGAAAAACCGCGAGGAAGAGCAGAAGAAGAGGACAGAGGAGGAGAAGAAGAAGCGCUACAACGAGAACAGGCGCUCCUUCCGCGAGGCCAAGCAGAGCUCGGUCGUCCAGGAUGAGGACGAGGAACAGCCCACAGAGAAGGAGCAGGUGACUCCUGGGAAGCUAAAAAUGACGUUUGAGGAGGCUGAGAAGGAGAGGCAGGAAUGCCUGAGAAAGCAGGCAGAGAGGGAGGCUAAACGACGUCUGCAGGACGAGAAGAAAGCCUUUGAGGAGGCCAAGCUGGAAAUGGGAGAAGAUGAGGAGGACUCACAAGGAGCUCAAGGCGAGAGAGAGGUCAUCCAGCCUGGUAAACUGAGGUUGAGCUUUGAGGAGCUUGAGAAACAGAGGGUAGAGAAUGAACGCAAAGCAGCAGAGGUUGAAUACAAGAAACGAAUGGAAGAGGAGAGGAAGGCUUUCGCCGAGGCCAGGAAAAUCAUGAUAGUGGAUGAAGAUGACGAGGUGUUGAUGGCCAUGCUGAACCUGGAGGGCAGCAAGCCAGGGAAGCUGUGUGUCAGCUUCGAGGACAAGGAGCGUCAGAGGAGAGAGGCGGAGGAGAAGAAAGCGGAGGAGGAGGCCAAGAGGAGGCUGGAGGAGGAGAAGAGGCUCUUCGCAGAAGCCCGCAAGAACAUGGUGCUAGAUGAGGACGAGGACGGAAUGGUCAAGAGCGAAUCCCAGGAAGCAUUGCACCCUGGAAAACUGGAGAUGAACUUCGAAGAGCUGCUUAAGCAGAAGGAGGAAGCCGAUAGGAGGUGCAAGGUGGCGGCGCGCAAAAAGAAAAUGGAGCAGGAGAAACAGGAGUUUGAACAGCUCAGACAAGAGAUGGGAGAGGACGUGGUGAAUGAGAGCUCUGAUACAGUGAGUAAGGAGUAUGAGGAGCUGAAGAAACUCAAGAGGACUGGCUCCAUCCAGGCCAAGAACCUCAAGUCCAAGUUUGAGAAGAUCAAGCAGUUGAAAGACGAGGAGAUCCAGAAGAAGAUUGAGGAUGUGAGAGCAAAGAGAAAGGCUGUAGAUGAGGAAAUCAAAGAGAGGGAAGAAGAGAGGAUCCAGGAGGAUGAUGAUGAAGGCAAAAAUGACACAGAGAAGGGGGCUGAGGAGGCUCCGUUCAGACAGAAGGUGGACAUGCGUGCACGGUUUGAACAAAUGGCCAGAGCCAGAGAGGAGGAGGAGAAGAAGAGGGUGGACGAACAGAAGCUUCAGAGGAUGCAGUUCGAGCAGCAAGAGAUUGACGCCGCUCUCCAAAAAAAAAGGGAAGAUGAGGAGGAGGAAGAGGGAAGCAUCAUCAAUAGCUCGGCAGCCUAUGAGGAUGAGGAGGACCAUGCCAGGUCGGGGGCUCCGUGGUUUAAGAAGCCCCUGAAGAACCAAUCGGUGGUGGAUGCCGAGCCAGUGCGAUUCACAGUGAAGAUCACCGGGGAGCCCAAGCCGGAGGUGACCUGGUGGUUUGAGGGGGAGAUGCUCCAGGACUGUGAAGACUAUCAGUACAUAGAGAGAGGAGAGACAUUCUGCCUCUACCUGCCAGAGACCUUCCCAGAGGACGAGGGCGAGUACAUGUGCAAGGCUGUCAACAGCAGAGGCACCGCCGCCAGCACCUGCAUCCUAACGAUAGAAAGUAAGCAAUUGUCCAUCUCACUGUCACUGCAUGCCUGCAUGAUGCCACUGCCUGAUUUGGUUUUCUCAUCUUUCUAUGAUUGGAUGGGAUCGCAUGCUCCUCUUCCUGAUCUUCCUAUGAUUGGAUGGGAUUGCAUGCUCCUCUUUCUGAUCUUCCUAUGA